UCAUUUGUUCCUGGAUGGCUUUUGAUUAUGCACUGAUUCAGUUCAAAACAGUGGCUCCACUCUAAACCACAUUCAUUGUUUUGGAUCGGGUUCGCACAUUCACAGAGACCUGGCUGGUGUGGCUCUGAGUUUAAAGGUCACAAUAAACCUUAUUUUACUUUUUCUUUCAGAUCUCCCACAGUUUUGGACCUAAUGCCUACGUUUGGGUGAAAUCUGGACCGCAUCUUUCUGCGAUGAUGUCAGAGUCUGAUCCUGACUCAGUAACUGAAACUGAUUUUACCAGUAAACUGAAUUUGUCUCGGAUACAAGUGAACAGCCAGGAAGGAGGAGCCAUUUGUUCAGAAUGAAGCGGGUUGAAGUGUUAAUAUUUUAUUUCUUACUGAUUGUUUGGUGCGUCCGGCCUGUCGACGGUGACUUUCUGGUCUCAGAUGUUACCCAUGAUGAUGAUGCCCACCCCAACACCCUCACAGAAACCGAGGCCGAUGCACCGGACAGGAAUAUCCAAACAAACAGGGACAUACGGGACACGAGCAUGGAGACAAACUGGGACGAGCCAGAUAUGAGAAAGGACCACUAUGAGGAUGCUGACUGGCAUCCUCUUACCUCCUUUACGGAAACGCUUACCGACCUGACCCCUGACGCCCCACUGGUGAUACGCAAUGACAACACUGGCGCUGAAGAUAGCACCAACCAAACCUUCAACCAGACUGUCAGCAAUUCAUCAGCGUCAGAGUGCGGCGAGUUCAGCAGUCAGCUGAUGUCUAACGGACAAUGCCGACUGACGGCAACACUUCCUCCUGUAGGAAAUUCUCAAAAACGCUGCCCAGACAUGUUCCGGUGUACAGACGACGUCUCCUAUUGGCUCCAUGAGAACGAAAACAGAAAGGAGCAGCUGGAAGAGCUGAAAGAGACGAUGUCAGGGCUCCAGGAGGAGCUGAGGAACCACCGGCAUCGAGUCAAGGCCCUGGAGAUGCAGGGUGAAGAAAGUGUUAACUUAAACUCAACCUUUCACCAGCGGCUGCGUUCUCUGGAGCGCCGUCACGCCGAGGCCGACACGCUGCUCCACGUGCACGCGGCGCUGCUGUACGAGCUGCAGGUGCAGCUCCGAAACCUGUCGGCAACCGCGCGCCACAUGAGUCACAACACGGGCUGCAAGGUCAACGUGAUCAGGACUGCGCCACCGCUCGGCAUGCGAGACACACUGCCGCCAGGUGCACCAGCAGCAAACGCAGUGAUGAAUUACUGUGCGUCUCUGUAUCACAACGGUGUCCGUCGUUCUGGUGUUUACACCAUUGUCCUGUCACCAGGCACCGCCCGGCCGGUCUACUGCGACAUGGAGACCGAGGGUGGAGGCUGGACAGUGUUGCAGCGGCGCCGUGAUGGGUCAGUGAGCUUCAACCGUGGAUGGUCUGAGUACCGUGAUGGCUUUGGCGAGCCGCGAGGUGAACACUGGCUGGGGAACCAGCACCUGCACCGGCUGUCUAACCAGGGCCACUACAGCCUCCGCAUUGACCUGCAGGACUGGAGCCACGCCCACAAACAUGCUCUGUACCACACUUUCAGAAUCGAGGAUGAGGACAACCAGUACCGCCUGCAUGUGUCCGGUUUCAGCGGGACAGCGGAGGAUUCGUUCGGCUGGUAUCAUGACCUGCAGGGUUUCAGCACACCAGACACGGGCAACAUCUGUGCUGAGAUCAGCCACGCUGGCUGGUGGUUCCACCAGUGUUUCUAUGCUAACCUCAACGGUGUCUACUACAAGGGGGGGCACUACUCUCUGAAAGCUCAGAACUUGCUGGGGCCAGAUGGCAUUGUUUGGUUCUCCUGGAAGGAUUCAGACUUCUACUCUCUGAAGGCGGUCACCAUGAUGGCACGACCACAUAACUUCAGGCCACGCCUGUCGCCAUAGAAACACUCUCAAUGACACUGAAGGAUUCUGCAGCAGCAAAGAUGAUUUUUGAAAACAUUUUUCUAGAAAGUGACUGGUGAUUCUGCACAGGCUGUUUUAAAAGUCAUUGAUCACUGAAAUGUAAGCUGAUUCAGAUAUUUCUUCCAAACUAACUGCACAAAUAACUGCCCAAUGAGCAGCACUUGAGCUGAGCAACUAAGAGCUUCCAGAAGUAACUGUACCAGGAUCAAUUAUGUACUGCAAAUAUUCCCCCAAAAAUGCAUCGUUUCCUUCUGUAUAACUUUUUGCUUUUUUUAAACAUAAAUGAUGAAUAAAACUGAUUAUUUUUGAGCUGUUUGCAGGGAUUUCUCAGUCAUAAAAUGCUUGCUUAAAGAUUUUCUUAACCACACCAAGUGCCCUGAAAUCACUUUAAAUUCAAACUGACACACCACUGGACUUGAACCUGAGACGCACAGUCAACUCAGAAAGUAGUGAAAGCUCCACGUUGUUGGUUUGGGGGAAUUUAAAGGAUGAAGAUUUCCUGAAACAUGAGCAGCAGCUGGUACAGAAACCAACUGGUGACACUUGAUUUCACAGCUAACAUCAGUAACCCACAGGUCCACAAACUAUUACCAUUUCUGUUAUCAAGCAAAUUAAAUAGCACAUGUUAAUGAGCGUGUUCACAGGGUUCCUACAGCUUCGGGAAUUUUUUCUCUAGGCCAGUUUAACAAGAACCAAGGACACGUGUCUGUGGCCAUCAACGGUAACACCACAGAUUUGUG